UUAUUUCACAUGUUUUAAACCCAGUUGGCCGUUGUUUACAGAAAACAAAAAAAUCAAACAAGAGUCGUUUAGUUCAUCGAAUCAUUUGCCACACAUUUUUUGGUGCGAAUCUUAAAAAUUUUAAUCUAAAGUUGAAAAAAUGAGAGAAAUUGUGCACAUUCAAGCAGGGCAAUGUGGAAAUCAAAUUGGCGCAAAGUUUUGGGAGGUGAUCUCAGAUGAACACGGAAUUGACCCAACUGGCACCUACCAUGGCGAUUCGGACCUGCAACUGGAGCGAAUAAAUGUCUACUACAAUGAAGCUACAGGCGGAAAGUAUGUUCCUAGAGCAGUAUUGGUGGACCUCGAACCCGGCACCAUGGACUCGGUACGCUCAGGACCCUUCGGACAAAUCUUUCGUCCAGACAAUUUCGUCUUUGGCCAGAGUGGCGCUGGCAACAACUGGGCAAAAGGCCACUAUACCGAAGGCGCUGAACUCGUAGACUCUGUCCUGGAUGUGGUGCGUAAGGAAGCCGAAGGAUGCGACUGCAUGCAAGGCUUUCAGCUGACUCAUUCCCUUGGUGGGGGCACCGGCUCUGGCCUGGGAACCCUACUAAUUUCAAAGAUCCGAGAAGAGUACCCUGAUCGCAUUAUGAACACGUUCUCCGUGGUGCCAUCCCCGAAGGUAUCUGAUACCGUAGUGGAACCCUACAACGCCACCUUAUCUGUGCAUCAGCUAGUGGAGAAUACAGACGAGACAUAUUGCAUCGACAAUGAAGCUCUCUACGAUAUAUGUUUCCGCACGUUGAAACUAACAACGCCCACAUACGGAGACUUGAAUCAUCUAGUCUCGGCUACCAUGUCAGGGGUGACAACCUGUCUGCGAUUUCCCGGCCAACUUAAUUCCGACCUGCGUAAACUGGCUGUCAACAUGGUGCCGUUUCCGAGGUUGCACUUUUUCAUGCCCGGAUUUGCUCCAUUGACCUCUCGAGGCAGUCAACAAUAUCGAGCCUUGACAGUACCGGAACUUGUACUGCAAAUGUUUGAUGCCAAGAAUAUGAUGGCUGCUUGUGAUCCACGACAUGGUCGCUAUCUGACUGUUGCAGCCAUCUUUAGAGGACGCAUGUCAAUGAAGGAAGUAGAUGAGCAGAUGCUUAACAUUCAGAACAAGAAUAGCUCGUAUUUUGUUGAAUGGAUUCCAAACAAUGUCAAGACCGCAGUGUGUGACAUUCCACCACGAGGGUUGAAGAUGUCAUCAACUUUCAUAGGCAACUCUACCUGCAUUCAGGAGUUGUUUAAGCGCAUCUCUGAGCAGUUUACUGCCAUGUUCCGCCGUAAAGCUUUCUUACAUUGGUAUACUGGCGAAGGUAUGGAUGAGAUGGAGUUCACUGAAGCGGAGUCGAACAUGAAUGAUUUGGUGUCUGAAUACCAGCAGUACCAAGAUGCCACCGCUGAGGAAGAGGGCGAGUUUGACGAGGAGGAAGAGGGCGACAAUGAGGGAGACAAUUAAACUGGACAUUGCUUGCACAAUUCUAUACUUUAUUAGUACAUAAUCUAACAUAAUUACUGCUAGACUGGAGUAUCAAAUUGAUGGUGAUGUCGUUCGGUCAUUUUUAAUUGUCCUCUUAGAAAAGCAACUCUAUAUUUUUAGAGUAUCAAUAAAAAUAACUACUCGAUCGUCAAA